CAUCAUAUACAAAAGUACAACAAAAUUAACUCUCUUUCUGUCUUGUCUUGAAACUUUCAAACAAACCAACGACAAGAACAAUGGAUAAUACUCCAUGGUUGCUUCAAAUGGUUUCUGCUUUGGUUCUGAUUUCAUUGGCCUCAGCAUCUCUGGAAGUGGGUUUCUAUAGGUCCACAUGCCCAUCUGCUGAGGCAAUAGUGAAAAGCACUGUAGAGAAAGCAAUUUCUGCCAACCCAGGCAUAGCAGCUGGUAUCAUCAGAAUGCAUUUCCAUGAUUGUUUUGUUAGGGGGUGUGAUGGUUCUGUGUUACUAGCAUCUACACCGGGAAACCCACCAGCUGAACGAGACAACUUCGUCAACAACCCAAGCUUACGAGGGUUCGAGGUGAUUGACGAGGUCAAGACCCAGUUGGAGGCUGCAUGCCCUAACACAGUAUCAUGUGCUGACAUUUUGGCCUUUGCAGCACGAGACAGUGCUUCCAAAGUUGGCGGCAUAAACUAUGAUGUUCCAUCAGGACGCAGAGAUGGUCGUGUCUCUAUUGGUGACGAAGUGCCACAGAAUCUUCCUGGACCAGGUUUCAGUGCUGAUCAACUCAUCGAUAACUUUGGACGAAAGGGUUUGUCUGUAGAUGAAAUGGUCACACUUUCAGGAGCACAUUCAAUCGGUGUGGCUAAUUGUGGUACCUUCUCGAAUCGCUUAUACACUUUCAGUGACACAGUGAGACAAGAUCCCUCACUCGACCCUUCAUAUGCUGAAACGUUGAAAAACCAGUGUCCUCCACCACCCACUGUGACAGGCACCACAGUUUCUCUGGAACCUUCCACUCCUAUUCGUUUGGACAGCAAAUACUAUGAGGGUUUGAUCAACCACCGUGGCUUGCUGACAUCAGAUCAGACCUUGUUCAGCACUCAAUCGACAAAGGCAAUAGUUGAAAGCAAUGCAUACAAUGGUGCAAGUUGGGCUGAGAAGUUUGCCCUAGCAAUGGUGCGCAUGGGUUCUAUACAAGUGCUUACCGGCUACGAUGGUGAGAUCAGGAAGCAGUGCAGCUUCGUUAAUUAGUUAACAGGAGCAAGAAACUUCGUUAAUUUGUUCAUUUUCCUUUCAUAAAGGGGAAAUUGAAAUGGCUAGUAAUUUUUCUUCUGUUUUUUAAUUUGAUUGGUACAAUUCAAGUGUGUAUAUCCUCUUCUUGUAAUAUUUCUUUUGCUGA